CAAAAUUAGUGAACAUUCUUCAUUUAAUCACUACGAUCAUGACUAUGGUAGCAAAUCUAUGGUGAAUUAUUCUGUCACUGAGUUGUCUUACUUACAUUGUCAAAUUUGAUAUGAUGGCCUAUGUUGAUAGAAGUUGAGCUGCAGAAAUUAUUACUGAGAAAGAACUACAUUUUAAAUUGAUAAAUAAUAAAUUAGAUAAUGUGUCAAUCGCCAUAAAGAUAUCGAUAAAGCUCCAGUGGUUCAUAAAAGCCUUAAAAGGGAUGUAUUUAAGAGUUCUCACAGUUCUGAUGUGGAGGCUCUGGAUAGCGAGGAAGAAGGAAUUCUUCUCCACGCUGAUGGAGGUGGUGGUUCCAGUGUUGCCCUUCGCCCUCAUUUAUGUAUUUAGGGAGAAACUAUUCCCAGACUCUAGUUUCUCUGGUACUACUUUUCUUGGAGUGGAAAAGCCUGUACCAAGUCAAAUAAUGCGCAAGGAUAUUAUCCAUUCCACAACGCGUCCACCGUAUUCGGAUACACUAAAGAAAUGGGGCCAGAUGAAGCGGUCAUCGUGUUUCAUAACGUAGCAGAACACAGCUGGCCAGACAACCUCAAUUAUUCAAUCCGAAUGAAGAACCAGUUCAUGACAGACGGACCACUCUCUGAUGGCGAGGAGUACAACGUGAUUCCACUGCCUCAUAAACAAUAUGGAACAAUAUACAAGUCGUUCAUGCGACUCCAAUGGGCCGUAGACACCAGCUUCAUAGAAAUGAUGACCGGCAACGUAGUUAAACAGAGAAUGUCGGUGCAAGAGUUUCCAUACGUCAGCUACUCUAGCAUAGAAGAUAAAGGCGCCACUCACUCUCUCAAAUCAGACUUACUGUUUUUCGCAGCUGAUCUAGCAAUAUUGCCGGGUUUUUACACAUUAAUGUUGCGCACAUUAACUGAAAAAGCGAAUGGAGUACAGGAGCUUAUGAAAAUGACGGGCGUGACUCCUUACGACCUGGCCACGUCUCACGUCCUAAACGCCCUGGUUCCUGGGCUGAUAUACUCGCUGGCCAGCACUGUGCUAAUGAAAAUGGAACCGUCGGCUCUGCUGAUGAAGUCACACUCGUUCCUCAUAUUCUUGGCGAUGUUCCUCCAGAGCUUGUUCACAAUUACUGCGGCUAUGGUCAGCAGUUACUUGGCGAGACAAGCACCACCUACUGGGUUGACAGUAUCAGCGGUAUACAUUUUGCUAACUCUACCGGCGUAUAUCGUCAGUAAUUUGGAUUUGUCGAAAUACAUGGUGUACCCUUGUGGGCUGAUACCUUUCAUGCCGCUCUCCUGGAUCUUCAAAGAAGCUUGUAAGCUUGAAGCCAUGGGAACUGGGUUAACGCUCACAACCAUGAUGAAGUCCCACACAGACAUGUCGGGCCCGGCGCUCAUGGCGUACAUCGUCUUCGUCAUCCACAUCAUCCUGUGCGUGGCACUGUUCUGGUACCUGGACCUGGUCAUCCCUGGCUACUAUGGCUCUACGCAUCCGUGGAACUUUCUCUGGCAGAAAGAAUAUUGGUCCAAAACUGCAUCCGACCCAAAUAUCGGGACGGAGAAAAUAGAAAAGCCACUAGCACAGGUUCAAGACCCGCAGUAUUUCGAGGAGCCUCCUAAACACCUAGAGGCUGGAAUCAAAGUCAUCAACGUCACCAAGGAAUAUCCUAAACAUAGGGCACUGGACAACGUAUCCCUGGAAAUUUUUAAAGGCGAAAUCACUAUCCUACUGGGACACAACGGCGCGGGAAAGAGCACUCUCAUGUCUGUCAUCACAGGUAUGACGGGCGCUACAAAGGGCAAGGUUCUCGUGAAUGGUUUUGACAUGAUGUCUCAUAAGGCGGCAGCGCGACAGCAAAUGGGCCUGUGUCCGCAACAGAACAUGUUCCUUGAGAGUUUAUCAGUCAUUGAACACGUCAUGUUCUUCACCCUGCUAAAUGGUGGCACAUUUGAAGAAGCCCGAAAAUCAUCAAAGAUCCUCUUAGACCAGCUCCAUAUAAAGGAUAAGGCUAAAAACAAAACUUCUCAGCUAUCUGGAGGUAUGCAGAGACGGGUUCAGUUAGCGUGCGCCCUAGCAGGCCAGGCUAGCGUACUAUUGCUGGAUGAGCCAACGUCAGGUUUGGAUGUAGAGACCAGGCGUUCGCUCUGGGAUCUGCUAUUGUCCUUGCGAGGGACACGCACCGUCUUGCUGUCGACUCACUUCAUGGAGGAGGCGGACGCUUUAGGCGACCGCGUGGCGGCGUUGCACGCAGGCCAGCUACGAUGCCACGCCACGCCCAUGCACCUCAAGAGGGCCAUAGGUACCGGCUACCGCCUAACUUUCACCACGACCGGAGUGCCUAACGAGCCAGCUAUUACCAGUGCUGUCAAGUCUGUGGUCCCCGAAGCCACAGUCAAAGAAUCUGGGUUCAACUCCAUCUCCUACAACCUACCAUCUGCAAACAGCAAAAACUUCCCCAGCCUAUUUUCAACGCUGGAAUCCCAGAAGACUGAGCUGCGUAUUGAGUCUAUCGGAGUUGGAACGUCUACGCUUGAAGAAGUGUUUCUGAACCAAAUGACGUCCACUGCUGGACAAAGGCCUCCCCCAAGGUUUUCCACAAUGAACGGUCGCGCACUGCCCGCAUCCAGGCUCUUCCUGCGACCUUUACCAUCUGGGCUUUGCAGUAAUGUUGAAACUGGUCCAAUAGCGGAGGAUGAAAUCAAAGGAAGGAAAGCGCCCAAGUACAAAAAAUUAAAGGGUAUACCCCUGUACUUUAGACAAAUGAUGGCACUAAUCAAGCGAUAUUUGAGGUUCCUUUGGAUCUACAAAAUCACACAAAUUGGAUUCGGAAUAAUCCGUGUUGUAAUCCUAAUACUGGUCAUAACCGGCAUCACAAACGACUCCAAACAUCCGAAGAAGGACAAGACGUUUCUGGCCAUGAACCUCGACAUGUACAGACCAUCGUCAGACUACAGAAUCUUGUACAAGAUAGAUGGGAACGACUCUGAUCUGAGGCCGCUGAGCGAUCAGUACCCGAGAGUGCAUUUUGAGAGCGCCUCUGAUGUUGAUGAAGCUUUGCUUCGUUCUAGCCAGCAAGAUAAAAUGGAGUAUUACAAUUAUUUAGCUGGAAUAGAACUCAAUGAAACUGAUGCUAAGGUGAUGUACACAACGACAGUUCGUCACGCUGCUCCAUCAGCUUUGAACGUACUGUCCAACCUCGUCGCCACUCGUGCGCUACCUUGGGCGGGUGGUCGCACCAUCACCACCUACAACCAUCCUCUGGCUGGCGCAUACACGCCCUACUCCUUUACGGAGAUAAAAGAACCGAAAAGUAUCACUAACAUUAAUCUUUGGAUGUUCUCCACAACUCUCAUGCUUCUCUCGGGCAUCAUCUUCAUGAUCCAGCUGCCGUGCAAGGAGGCAUCGGGCGCGCGCCAUAUCCACGCCUUAGCUGGUUGUUCUCCAGAACUUCAUUGGGCGGCCUUGCUGUUAGCAUGUGCACUACAGGUGCUCCUCACGUACGUCGUCACUCUGAUCGUGGCUUGCACCUUCCUGGACUUCGAUAAGACUUUCUCGGACAUGGAGUUUAUGAUUGCAGCUUCGGUGGUGGUGCUAUUGGGUAGCAUGGCGAUGCUCUCUUUUUCGUACCAGAUCACGAUAUAUUUCUCGCAGGGUCUGGCCGUUGGACUGAUUGCUAUCACAAUGGUUUUUUUCGUUCUCAUAUUUCCAAUACUUCUGGGAUUGGUGCCAUCGACUAGAGUCUUCGAACCGACGGCUGUGGUAGUGAUGCCUCCGUAUACCUUUAACCAGGCAAUGGAGGGGUGUACCAUGACGGCAUACCUAAACGCGUUCUGCAAACUCAACAAGGACAAAUGCCCAACUCUCGUGAUGGCUAUCCCGUAUUUUGACGCUGACAAAUGCUGCAAAUCUGUGGACACCAACCCGUGGUGCUAUUUUUGCUUCCAAGACGUUGCGCCUGGAAAAAAUAUUAUUUAUCUGACCGUCCAAAUCUUCCUGUAUAUGACUGUUGUGAUCUUAAGCCAAAGAGGCAUGUUCUGUGUGAUAUGGGAGAAGACUGUGAACUACACGUACAAGCCACCAGCCCCGCGAUACAAUGAUAGGAUGGUCAAAGCAGAGCAGGAGUAUGUCAAGAAAACUAUCAAGCUUCCGCCGCAAUAUAUCCCAGACUUAAUGCUGGUGUCAAAAGUGCACAAGAACUACCGAGGUUUAACCAGUAGCUUCACUGCAGUCAAGGGCGUCAGUUUCUCCGUCAAGAGAGGCGAAUGUUUUGGUCUAUUGGGCGUAAACGGAGCAGGUAAAUCUACCAUGUUCCGGAUGCUGACUGCAGACAUGUGCCCAACCAAAGGGCGCAUCUUUACUAACGGCCAUGAACUGACGUUUCCGUAUUCCAGUAAGUAUCUGUACUCUCUGGGCUACUGCCCUCAAUUUUGGGGCCUGGACGACUUCUUGACCGGCAGGCAGAACCUGGAUCUCCUUCUCGCGCUCCACGGCCUCAACGAACGCGACACGAAUGCCGAAACAAAGGCCUGGAUCAAACUUGUUGGCCUGGAAAAGUACACGGACCAGCUGGUGUCAGGCUACAGCGGCGGCUGCCUGCGGCGGCUGGCGGCGGCGUGCGCGCUGUGCACGGGCGCGCCGCUCACGCUGCUGGACGAGCCCACGGCCGGCGUCGACGUGGCCGCGCGCCGCCGCGUGUGGUACGCGCUCAAGCGCGGCCUGCGGGACCAGCACGCCAUCAUCAUCACCUCGCACAGUUUGGACGAGAUGGAAGCGCUGUGCCAUCGUAUCUCCAUCAUGGCGGCUGGUGAGAUAUGCGCGUUGGGCUCUCCCGCCGGACUGCGAGCCGCGUUUGCUUCGGGGCACUCGGUCAUCUUGAAGAUCAAGUAUGAACCGGGCGCGUCAAGCAUGAGACACAGAAGAUCUCGGCGAAAGGGCAGUAAAACUGUCACUAUAGCACCAAACCCGAAAGCAUAUCGACUAAAAGCCGCGAUAGAGAAGAAAUUCAAGUGUACUCUCAAAGAUGAACAUAAGACGAUGCUGCACUACCACAUAAACGAGACGAUGGAAUACAGCAAGCUAUUCCAAGAGAUGGAAGAUUUAAAGACCACCUUCUCAGAGUUGAUAGAAGACUAUACCGUCUCGGAGACGACCCUGGAGGAGGUGUUCCUAUCAUUCGCGAAGCCCCAGAGCGGGCCAGCGGGUAAAUCUAAAUCGGGGACAAAGCCUAAAGGGAUUCUAAAAGAUGUGUCAGCCGGGCCCGCAUAAUUAUUUUAAUCUUCCCUUUUUACGUAUUUGAGCUAUCAUGGAAUUGAUCGAAGAUGACUAUGGCAAUAUUAUGUCCCUGUAUUAAACAUAGGGGAGUU